UAUGCUCUGGGCAUUUGCUUUGCCCAGUAGUUGAAAAGUCAACUCGACUCGUGAUGGUUCUCCUGUCACUUUGGUUGAUAGCAGCCGCUCUGGUACAGGUUAGGACUUCAGCUGAUGGACAAGCUGGUAAUGAAGAAAUGGUGCAAAUAGAUUCACCAAUAAAGAGACACAAAGAGUAUGAGCUGGUGACUCCAGUCAGCACAAAUCUAGAAGGACACUAUCUCUCUCAUAUUCUUUCUGCAAAUCACAAAAAGAGGUCAACAAGGGACGUGUCUCCCAACUCUGAGCAAUUGUUCUUUAAUAUCACGGCAUUUGGAAGAGAUUUUCAUCUGCGACUAAAACCCAACACUCAGCUCAUAGCUCCUGGGGCUGUUGUGGAAUGGCAAGAAACAUCUCCGGCGCCUGGGAAUAUAACCGACCCUGUUAAUGAUCGUCAACCAGGAAGUGCUUCCGAAAGAAUCUGGAAAACGGAGCCUUUGCAGACCAACUGUGCUUACGUUGGUGACAUCAUGGACAUUCCGGGAACCUCUGUUGCCAUUAACAACUGUGAUGGUCUGGCUGGAAUGAUAAAAAGUCAUGAUGAUGAGUAUUUCAUUGAACCCUUGGAAAGAGGUAAGCAGAUGGAGGAAGAAAAGGGAAGGAUUCAUGUUGUCUACAAGAGAUCAGCAGUAGAACGGGCUCCCAUAGACAUGUCCAAAGACUUCUACAGAGAGUCAGCGCUGGAAGGCCUUGAUGAUCUAGGUACUGUUUACCACCACGUUGACCGGCAGCUGAACCAAACAAUUAGGCGUCGCAGACAUGCGGGAGACAACGAUUACAACAUUGAAGUGCUGCUGGGAGUGGAUGACUCUGUGGUCCGUUUCCAUGGCAAAGAGCACGUCCAAAACUACCUCCUCACCCUGAUGAACAUUGUGAAUGAAAUUUACCAUGAUGAGUCCCUCGGAGUACAUAUAAAUGUGGUCCUGGUGCGCAUGAUCAUGCUGGGUUAUGCAAAGUCCAUCAGCCUCAUAGAAAGGGGAAAUCCAUCCAGAAGCUUGGAGAAUGUGUGUCGCUGGGCUUGCCAACAACAAAAAUCGGAUCCCAACCACUCUGAACACCAUGAUCAUGCAAUUUUCUUAACCAGGCAAGACUUUGGACCUGCUGGAAUGCAAGGAUAUGCUCCAGUCACAGGCAUGUGUCAUCCAGUGAGAAGCUGUACCCUGAAUCAUGAGGAUGGUUUUUCAUCUGCUUUUGUAGUGGCCCAUGAAACCGGCCAUGUGCUGGGAAUGGAGCAUGAUGGACAAGGCAAUAGGUGCGGCGAUGAGACUGCAAUGGGAAGCGUCAUGGCUCCGUUGGUGCAAGCGGCGUUUCAUCGUUACCACUGGUCCCGGUGCAGUGGCCAAGAAUUGAAAAGAUACAUCCAUUCCUAUGACUGUCUCCUUGAUGACCCAUUCGAACAUGAUUGGCCCAAACUCCCAGAACUUCCUGGAAUCAAUUACUCUAUGGAUGAGCAAUGUCGUUUUGACUUUGGGGUUGGUUAUAAAAUGUGCACUGCGUUCCGAACCUUUGACCCAUGUAAACAGCUGUGGUGUAGCCAUCCUGAUAACCCCUACUUCUGUAAGACUAAAAAGGGACCCCCACUUGAUGGGACUGAAUGUGCUGCUGGAAAAUGGUGCUACAAGGGCCAUUGUAUGUGGAAGAAUGCUAAUCAACAAAAACAAGAUGGCAAUUGGGGGUCAUGGACCAAAUUUGGCUCCUGUUCCCGGACGUGUGGAACUGGUGUUCGUUUCAGAACACGCCAGUGCAACAAUCCAAUGCCCAUCAAUGGUGGUCAGGAUUGUCCGGGUGUUAAUUUUGAGUACCAGCUUUGUAAUACAGAUGAAUGCCCAAAGCACUUUGAAGACUUCAGAGCACAGCAGUGCCAGCAGCGUAACUCCCACUUUGAAUACCAGAACAGCAAACACCACUGGAUGCCCUAUGAACAUCCUGACUCCAAGAAAAGAUGCCACCUUUACUGUCAAUCCAAAGAGACUGGCGAUGUUGCCUACAUGAAACAGCUGGUACACGAUGGGACGCGCUGUUCCUACAAAGACCCGUACAGCAUAUGUGUGCGAGGAGAGUGUGUGAAAGUGGGCUGUGAUAAAGAAAUUGGUUCUAACAAGGUUGAGGAUAAGUGUGGUGUCUGUGGAGGAGAUAAUUCUCAUUGUCAAACCGUGAAGGGGACCUUUACCAGAACUCCCAGGAAGCUUGGGUACCUUAAGAUGUUUGAUAUACCCCCUGGUGCUAGACAUGUGUUAAUCCAAGAAGACGAGGCUUCUCCUCAUAUUCUUGCUAUUAAGAACCAGGCUACAGGCCACUAUAUUUUAAAUGGCAAAGGGGAAGAAGCCAAGUCACGGACCUUCAUUGAUCUUGGUGUGGAAUGGGAUUAUAAUAUUGAAGAUGACAUUGAAACUCUUCACACAGAUGGACCUCUGCAUGAUCCUGUUAUUGUUUUGAUUAUACCUCAGGAGAAUGAUACCCGCUCUAGCCUUACAUAUAAGUACAUCAUCCAUGAAGACUCCGCACCUACAAUCAACAACAACAAUGUCAUCCAGGAAGAAUUAGACACUUUUGAGUGGGCUUUGAAGAGCUGGUCUCAGUGUUCCAAACCCUGUGGUGGAGGUUUCCAGUACACUAAAUACGGAUGCCGUAGGAAAAGUGACAAUAAAAUGGUUCAUCGCAGCUUCUGUGAAGUCAACAAAAAGCCGAAACCUAUUAGAAGAAUGUGCAAUAUUCAAGAGUGUACACAUCCACUCUGGAUAGCGGAAGAGUGGGAGCAUUGCACCAAAACCUGUGGGAGUUCCGGCUACCAGCUUCGCACUGUGCGCUGCCUUCAGCCCCUCCAUGAUGGCACCAACCGCUCUGUGCACAGCAAGUACUGUGUGGGUGACCGCCCCGAGAGCCGCCGGCCUUGUAACAGAGUGCCCUGCCCAGCCCAGUGGAAAACGGGGCCCUGGAGUGAGUGCUCUGUGACCUGCGGUGAAGGGACGGAGGUGAGGCAGGUGCUCUGCAGGGCCAGUGACCACUGCGACGGGGACAAGCCCGAGGCCGCCAGAGCCUGUCAGCUGCCUCCCUGUAAUGAUGAGCCAUGUUUGGGAGAUAAAUCCAUAUUCUGUCAAAUGGAGGUGCUGGCGCGGUACUGCUCCAUCCCAGGUUAUAACAAGUUGUGCUGUGAGUCCUGCAGCAAACGCAGCAGCACCCUGCCACCGCCCUUCCUUCCUGAAGCUGCUGAAACUCGUGAUGAAGUUAUCUUUAACCCCAGUGACCUCCCUGGAUCCCUAGUGAUGCCUACAUCUUUGGUUCCUUACUAUUCAGAGACUCCUGCUGAGAGGAAGAAAUCUUUGAGUAGGAUCUCUUCAGCAGGAGGUCCAAAUGCAUAUGCUACUCUCAGGCCAAACAGUAAACCCGAUGGUGCUAACUUACCCCCGAGGAGAGCUCAGCGAGCAGGAAGUAAGACUGUGGGGCAGGUCUCCCCUGCCACCAGGAGUGGACACCUCACUUCAUCCUCACAAACAGCUGCUGCCCCCUUCCUUGCAGUCCAUGAUUCAACAGGUGCUUCUUCUCAGGCAAGAACCUCAAAGAAAGAGGAAAAGAUUAAUGACAACAGACAUCCGCUAAGAUCGCCCACCUUGGAAAGAUGAAAAGGUGAACCUAAAAGGCUAGAAAUCAGAGGAAAGCCUGGCCAAGCCCCCUCUCCCAGUGGUGCAUACAGCUUGUUGAAAGUGGUCAUCUCCAUACAUUGUCAACUCAUUCUACCUGUAAAUGGAAGAGCAAAAGUGCUGGUUCACUUUCUAGUUGCUUUCCUCCUUUUUUUGUUCUGCGUUGACUCAUUACCAGAAUUCAUUGGAAGAAGGCACCAAAGAAUAUUAACAGAAGGAAAGUGGCUAAGUGUAUUGGUCACUCUCUACAGCAGAAAAGGGA